AUGGCGUGCAGCAGCAGCAGCAGCAGCGUCGCCGUCGCCGUCGCCAUCGCCAUCGCCAUCGCCAUCGCCAUUGCUCGCGGCUCAUCACCCAUUUCCAUCACACACAUCACACCUCGUGCUGCGGCCCGCGCGCUCGAGUCCCUGGGUCCCUACCUACUGCAUAACUACCCGGGUAUGGCGGUGCCUCGACCUCGUGGUGGCCGUGGAUCAUCACCUCAGGCCAUGCCUGUCGCUGCUGUCUGGAAUCGCGUCCGUCCGUCCACUCAUCCGUCUACCCCCUGCGCAGUUCUCUCUUCUUCUUCUUCUUCUUCUUCUUCUUCUUCUUCUUCUUCUUCUUCUUCAGCACACGGCGCGCCAUGCCGUGCCGUGCCGUGCCAUGCCAUGUCGAGUCGCGCGGAACAGACGGGCAGCCAAUCGCACGCGCUUCCUCGCACGGGGUUAGGGGUCCUCCGCCUCCGCCAGUCCCGACGACCAACUGACUGCCCUGACUCUUCCGGUGAGUCUUGCCUUUCUUCAUCCAAUUCCGCUGCGCCCUGCGCCCUGCGCCCGCCCGCCCGCCCGUCUGCCGGGGGACGGACGCAGACGGCGCGCCUUGAAACGCCCGCACGCGCCCCAAGCACGCCCUAUCAGCGCGUCUCGCGUCGCCACUGCCGCAGAGCCGCGCCCCACUCGCUCGUGCCGGGAGCGGCUUCCCGACCGCCUCGUGUGCGUGCUUACCCCGUGCUGUGUGUGUGCGUACCUAUCUACCUAGCCUCUAACUAUGCGGCGGAGUUGGGGGCUGGGGGAGUCAUGCACCAAUCAGCGCGCGCGGACGGACUAUGCUUGGAUGUACCUACCUGUGUUUGUAUAUACGGAGGACUCCGCACCCCGUACACACCUCCUGCGAAUUUAUCCACCAGCACACACACACGCUCACUCACGCACGCGCGCCUCAUUCCAUCUCAUCUCAUCUCAUCUCCCUUCCGCGCCGUCGCAAGCCCCCGUGCCAGCCGUGUCGUGCCGUGCCGACGAGCCGUGUCGAGACCAGACCAAAAUAACGAAACGGAAGAGGAAGAGAAGGGGGCGACGGCAGCAGCCGUUCAUUCAAUUCAUUCAACUCAUCCGUUGACCUCAUUCCCCGUAUAUUGUAUAUUGACAAAAGGCACGCCCGCUCGCUCGCGACCAACACAACUCCCCUGUUCCCUGCAGCUUGCGUGUAUUGUAGCGUGCCUGCCUGUCUGCCGAGCUGCUGCCCCCGGCCGGCUGCACCGCCUCCCCCUUCUUGCCUUCCUGGCCCCGUCGCCCAUGGCUGCAACCGAGCAGAAAGGCAGCGUACCUAGCGUCCAUGGGUACAGGACCUAGGUAGGUAGGCAAAGGGGAAGGGGGAAGGGGCAGAAGGCCGCGAAGCGAAGCGAAGGGGCUUAGCUGGCUGGCUGGCUCGCCGUCCUGCAGCUUCCUUCCUUCAGCCGCAAAUCGUUGCCGUUGUCGUUGUUGUUUUUGUCGGGUGCCUGCUUGCCUGCCUGCCUGCCGGCGAAGCUGCCCGAGUGGCUGAGUGCGCUGCCCGCGCGUGCUGUGCCGGGUACUUGCGCUGCGAGGGCGUGUUGCGUGUGUGGUGUUGUGCGAGGCGGGCUGGCGGGCUGUCUCUCCUCCAUCCACUACCUACAUACCUAUCCACCAUCACUCUCACUCACUCACUCACUCACUCACUCACCACGCACCCAUUUUUACGCGCGCGCGCACACAUACAUACAUAC